GGAACACUCCAGGUCUAUUAAUAAUGCUGAUGUAUUCCGAUUAAGCUCUAUAGCAACUAAAAGCAAGAUGGCGACUGCAAACAACAAUUAGCGUAUUUGUUGCAAAAAAAAAUCGGAAAUUUCUGUGUAAAGGAAAGAAAUAGAAAAAGAUGCCUCUUGGGCCGUUUGGAGAAGUGGUGGGUACCACAGGGACUCUAGGGGCCCUUGGUCCUGACGCAAGUAACUACAAAAGCAAAGUUAUAGCUCCCAGAAACCCUAAACUGCUGAAAGAUGACGAGGAAGGACACAAGAUGACACCUAGCAAGUUCCUAUUUGAUAUGCAAAUGAAUACAGAACAGAAAUUAGCGAACACACAUAUCAUGCGGAUUCCAAAGAAAAUAGAACUUCUGGAUAUGGCUGACACAAGUCUUCAGAAGUUUUCACAAGUAAAUAUUGAUGAGCCGAUGUUUCAACCUUUCCCAUCAGAAAUUUACUUUCAAAACUUUGAGCCUUAUGAAGUCUAUGAGGUGCCAUUAAUCCUGAGGAAUAACGACAAGGUACCAAGACUUGUAAAAGUGACCCAGGCAGACUCACCAUACUUUGAGAUUAUCAGUCCACAUGAUGUGGGACACAAAGUGGGACCUGGACUCCCUACAACAUUCAAACUUCAGUUUAGACCAGAAGAGAAAAAGGAUUAUAACCAUGAACUCGUUUGCAUCACCGAGCGUGAAAAAUUUAUAGUGCCGGUCCGAGCCAUUGGGGCCAGGGCCAUUCUUGACUUUCCGGACAACAUCCACUUCCCGGCAGGCCCUGUCAAAGACACACAUUCUAGGACACUUUUGGUCAGAAACAUUGGGAACAGUGAGGCCAAAUUUACUCUGGCUGCAGAAUCGCCAUUCAGUGUAUCCCCAGAGAUUGGAACUUUAGCUGAGCAAGACAGUAUGCAAGUUACAGUAGAAUUCACUCCCCAGAAAGUAGGUGAUUACAACUCGGACCUAGUACUGCAUUAUGAUACAGGGGAGGAUGUGUUGAUUUCCCUGUAUGGAGGAGCACAGGAUGCCAAUGUCCGGUUGGACAAAAACUCCAUCAGGAUAGAGAACACAUACAUUUCCAUGGCCAAUCAGAGAACGGUGACAAUCCACAACCGUUCAGACAUUAUAGCACACUUUAGGUGGACACAAUUUGCCACAAAAGAAGAAGAGGACCAACAGAAGUUUUCCAUGACAUCGAGACUUUCCUUAGAGGAGAAACAGGACUCAAAUAAAUUCUUGGAGGAGUGUGUUCAGGAUCCCACACUAAGAGACAAAUUAUCCAUUCUUAACAGGACAUUCCAAAACAGGAGGAAGCUGGUUGAGAAUGACAAAAUGUUGUUCAAUGAUGACGUCAUCCAGAUAGAGCCAGUGGAAGGAGAUGUCUGGCCAAACUCGAGCUUCGAAGUUAAUGUCAUCUUCAAACCCCGGGAAGCUGAAACCUGCAUGAAAACAGCUUUCUGUGAUAUCACGGGCCGGGAGAGUAGACUCCCUCUUCGUAUCCGUGGCGAUGGAAUAGGGCCAAAUGUGCAGUUUUCAUAUGAAACUCUAGACCUGGGAAAUAUUUUCAUUGGAUCUAAGCAUUAUUAUGAGAUCAUUCUGAUUAACAAUGGAGAUAUCGAUGCUAUUUAUAGUGUAAUGCCAACUAAAACUAUAUUCGGACCAUGCUUCAGCUUUAACCCCGCUGAGGGCAUUGUGAUGCCGGGGGGACACCAAGCUAUUCAGAUAUCAUUCUCAAGUCCCUAUCUAGGGGAUUUCUUAGAGGAGUUUGCAUUUCAAGUGGAUGGACAGCCACAGCAGCUGAAAGUGUCAUUCACUGGAUCUGUCAUUGGACCAACAUUCCAAUUUGAUGUUCCAAAAAUAAAGUUUGGAACAAUCUCCUAUGGUUUCCUGAACACCCAAACCUGUAAGCUUCAGAACACUUCCCUGGUUCCCAUGACCUUCCACCUGAGGGUCCCAGGGGACGGAAUCACCCCCAGUGUGUGCUGUACAGACGACCUAGACAACAGUUCCAUGGAGAAUGAUUCACCCACCCCUCCAUCUGGUGCAGGACCACCCAAGGAGUUUGAGAUUGUCCCCAGCACAGGGACCUUGCAACCCCAGAGUGAACAGAAGGUCACCGUGAAGUUGAUCUCCAACACAAUCAAGAAGUACGAGAUGAAUUUGGUGGUGGAUGUGGAGAAGGUUGGGGAAGAAGUGCUGUCGGUGCCCGUCACUGCAAGAUGUGUAGUUCCACCAGUCACAGUUCUUAGUCCAAUUCUGGAUUAUGGCCGAUGUUUUUUACGUCAUCCAUAUGAACACUCUGUAAAGCUUCACAAUGACUCAGAUCUGCCCGCUAAGUAUGAACUGUUACCACAGAAUAUCAAUGAGGAUACACCUAUACUAUACAGCAGCCCAAAGUCCAAGGGAAUUGUGGAACCCCACUCGUUGUGUGAAGUACCGCUUCUCAUUGAGGCUCAGAUGCUGGAGGAACAAGACAUUGUGGCCUACUUCUCUGUCUUUGGCAGUCCUGAUCCUCCUCUGGGGGUACAUAUUUCCUGCAUUGGUGAAGGUCCAGUUGUACAUAUCACCCCUAAUGACUUGGACUGGGGGGUAGUUCCAGUUCUGACCAGUAUACCCCAGGUCAUCACUCUAUCGAAUGAGUCCCUCAUACCAGCUCGCUUCACUGCCAACAUGGUGAGACCCCGGUCAGCAUUCAGUGUGGACCCCGUGGAGGGGGAAAUCCCUGCGGAGAAGUCCCUAGACAUUAAGGUGAUUGCACACCUAGAUGACGCUGUGAGGUUUCAGGACAAACUUCAGUUGAGUUUUCAGGAGAGCCAGGUACGCUACGUUCCUGUGACAGGCUAUGGCCAGGGCACCACAAUUGUCUCGGACCCACCACUCACCCCCCAACUUAACCUGGGACCCAACUUCAGUAACCGUCCUCUAAAGAAGUCUUUCAAACUGACCAACAAAGGGAGACGACACCAACAGCUGGUCUGGAGUAUGGAUGGCUUUGGUCCUGUGGGAAAAGCACGGAAAGAUCUCGCUGCUUACAACCCACUGGACAUGAAGUACAAGAAUGUGCCCCCUCCACCCAAGCCACCCAAGCCAAUUUUCAGUCUCAAUCCAAACAGAUUCGAUCUUCCUCCCGGGGCAAGCUUUGACAUGCUUAUUGAAGGCUUUGUAGAAAGUCCACAGUUUGUGAAGGAGCGCAUGUUGUGUCACGCCAUUAUUGGCAGACAGGGCGGGAAGGAGCUAAUCAUGAGAGUGGACGUCUCCGCGGACUUCAUCAGUCCUCUGUUGGAAUUCUCCACCAAGUCUGUGUACUUCAGGUUUGACAAGAAACCGAAUGACUCACUAAGUAAAAUGAUCAGAGAGCUGAAGAUGAAAUGUAUCUACCCUGCCACUGACCACUGGUCUCAAGCUGCAGCAGCCUUCCAGAUCAUACUGGAUGAUGACUCCAGAGUGUCCGAAACGGAGGUACAUCUUGAUAUUGGAAAGGAGUACACCUUGAGAGUUGAAUUUGAUCCUGCAUACAAGGAUGACCUUCACAUUCGCACAAUUGAUGAAGUUCUACACAUAGCCUACAAGGAGCAUCCCCAUAUUGAUUACAUUGCUCUUCGUGGAGAGGUCUAUUUCCCCAACCUAGACUUUGAGAAGACUGUAGUGGACUUCGGCUGCAUCCUGAAUGAUACCGAGGUGACACGUUAUGUAAACAUCACUAACAACAGUCCAAUGGAGGUCAAAUACAAGUGGUCCUUCCUGAUUGGGGACGAACCAUGCACAGCCAUUAUGCGUCCAUUACCCAAAAAAUCUGCUGUACAGCUGGAGGAAGUGGUAGAGGAAGAAGAGGAGGACGGAGAGAAGGUGGAAGUGGUGAUUGAGGAAGAGGAGGAGGAGGAUAAAGUGGAAGAGGAGGAAAAGGCAGAGGUUGAACCUACCAAGGAGGAAUCCAAUAUUGACCCAGCUGAACUCCAUGAGGAGGUCAUUAAAAAGCCCGAGGAUGUUGAGGAAGAUAACAAGCUGAUCGACAAGCAAACUGCAAGUCCACGGGCCAGGAGUCCAUCUCAGGAGGACCAGAUUGAGAAAGGGCAACUAGAACAGGAGGGAAUGCCUGAGCAUGGAGUAGAGAAAGAUCAGUCGGAUGACCUCAGGAUCAGCAUCGGGUCAUUGAGGGAAGCCGCGAUGGAGGAGGACCCAUUGAAGAGUAAUCGUGCACUGAGUCGUCUGCUGGAACAGGAGCGGGAGGAGUUGUCUCCCAUUGGAAUCGAAGAGGUGUUUGAUAUUUUACCUCUGUAUGGAACACUGAUGCCAGGAGACACAGAACAAGUGACCAUGACCUUUUAUGGCCAUGCUGACAUUUGGGGUCAGGCCAAGGCCAUCUGUGAAGUGGAGGGUGGUCCUACUUACGAAAUCAUGCUGAAGGGAGAGGCUUCCCUAGUGGAGUACAAGUUUGACACAAAAGAGAUUGAUUAUGGCAUGCAGAUGUAUGACCAAGUAGCCACAGCUGAGAUAACUCUAGUGAACCUGGGAAAGGUUGGCUUUGAAUUCACUGGAAUGGGCAUGGAUCCGGCUCAAGCCAAGAAACCCAAACCAGGCGUACCAAUAAUGGUGCCACACACUGGCUACAUUGAACCCCUGAGCCAACAAAAGCUGACUGUCAAGUACCUACCCGGAGUCCCUGAGGAUUUCUCAAAGAGCUUCAAAAUCCAGGUCGCUCAUUUUGAACCUGAUGAAAUCAGGUUCCAUGGAUCAGGAGAGUUUCCUCGAAUCUCUCUUGAUCUUCCCAGGAAUGUGGACAGUGAUGGAAUGUACCAGGAUCUGGAGAACUCUGCCCGUGACAGUCUGACAAGGACUGGGAGGAGGGUCACAAAGCCGGUAGAGAGACCCACUAGUGCUCAGGCCACCGUCUCACACAGACAGGACCAUGGACAUAUACAGGGUGAUAUGACCCAGCCUCAGGAGCUGGAGGUACAAAUGGAGCUGGAACGUCUGUCUGUUCAGCACUUUGCGCUCAACCAGCAGGCUCAGAUAUCGGCGCGACCAGACCUGUAUGAUGUCACUCCUCCCGACAGUAACGAGACCCGAGAAACCAACGAUUCAAAGGCUCCAAAGAAGAGGAAAGUAAAGAAAUCCAUGUCCAUUUCUAGUGAUACACCAAAACCCAGACUUCCAGAGUACCUGCUGGACUUCGGUCACCGUGUCUUGGGAACAGUGUGCACCCACAUCGUCAGGGCAACCAACACUGGCAUGUUCCCUGUGUCUUUCCAAGUGGAGCGUGAUGACGUCCAUCGCUAUGGCUUUCAUGUGGAACUGGAUCGGGUUCGCAAUCUGCCUGGAGCUCCAGAUCACGAGACAGUUGAUUUUGUCAUUAGUUUUGAUCCCAGGGGAGCAAACCUGCCUCUAGGCCCCAUAGAGACUGUAGUUCCAAUUAAUAUUCUGAAUGGCCCCAUCAUCCAGGUGCGACUGAAGGCGAAUGUGACGAUGCCAGACAUGGAGAUAUCGGACGAUACCCUGGACUUCAGUGACGUGAAAUGUGGAGAAUGCAAAGUCAUCACAGUACAGCUCUACAACCAACAGCAAGUGAAGUGUGAGUGGAACUCGCUGCCCUCCGAGAAAGAACUCAGAAAGGCUGAGAAACAUGUUCCCAUGCAUUUACGAAGGAAACAAAAAGACAAAGAUAAAGCAAAGCCACGUCAUUUCGAGAUCAUGCCACCGACAGGGGUCCUGAUGCCUGGACAGAGGAUCAAUGUCCAGGUGAAAUUCAUGCCCACAGAAGAGAAAUUUUAUGAGCAGAGGAUUCCAAUCCGAAUCUACCAGAGCAGUCAAAGAAUUUUGCUGUUGUGCCGUGGUCAGGGACUAGAGCCCAGGCUGGAAUUUGACCGUAACCUUGUGGAGUUUGGACCAAUUCUGCCACACAGCACUGGAGAUGAACAGGAGAUUAUUGUCAAGAAUCCUUGCAACUUCCCAAUUGAAUUCUACAACUUGGAGUUUGACUCAACCUAUCUGGAGGAAGAAAAGAUUUUACGAAUUAUGAAAGGAUAUGAUGAGUACAAUACAAUUUUACUACCACCUAGGGGUACUGGGGAAAAAUUGCCCCCUGAAUUGAUUGAGUUUUAUGAAGAGCAAAUGAAGAAAUUAGAAGAAUCUGAGCGUGCUCGAAAAGAGGCGGAAGAAGCAGCCCUAUCUGCCAAACGUGAGCUGGAAGAUCAGAAUGGGGAGGGGGAGAGUGAGGAAGGGAAGGAAGACGACUCUGUCAGGACAGAUCUACCCCCAGGAACAAUUGACUCCCGCCCAGGAUCCAAAGCAGGGACCGCAGAACCGCUGGAUCUGGAGGACCGCCUGAAGAAAGACGAGAUGGAUGAUGGUGAAGAAACCACCAGCAGUAUUGGAGUAGGAGAGUUAGAGAUUACUCCGGUUUCUGCUGCCAUUGCAAGACAUUUGGGCAUAGACCUCACACCAGAGGGUAAAGCUGCCAGAAACAGACGAGGGCUGGCCAUCAUUGUCCACGGUGCCCCCAUGUCAGGCAAAACAGCCACAGCUGUUGCUAUGGCUAAAAAGUAUGAGGCAGCUAUUUUGACCGUAGAUCAGGUGAUCCUGGAUGCCAUUUCAAGUGGUAACACGGCUGCAGGUCUGAAAGCUCGCGAGAUGUGUCAGGAGGCAGCCAGGAAGAAGGCGGAGGAAAUGAAGCUGAUGGAGGGAGAGGAGGCGGAGAAAAAGCCAGGCGGACUCAGCGUGGAGCAACUGACAGCUCACACACAAGUCACCACCGGCGGCACCACUGUCCCACAGACCACCUCCGUGGUAUCCAAUCGUAAGACUAGCACUGUUUCAGAUGUGAAAGGAAUGAAAGACAAACACCAUGGCAGUAUGGCUACAGGAAAGACUGGUGUCAACACAUCCUCCAUAGAUGGCGCUACUGGUAGUCAAGCUCUUCCUGGUCACGGACACCCACCGGAGAAAGGCGGGGCAGGUCAUCCCCCGCUCACCAAGGGGCCUCAUGCGGAGAAGGUUCCCAGCAGUCCUCCACCUUUGGCAGCCCCCAUCGCGCGGCGCCUUAGUGUCAGUGCCAGUGUAGCGGGGGAGGAGGGCCUAAUGAGCUGUGUGCUGCCUGAGGACCUGAUUGUGGAGAUUCUGUCAGACAGGCUCCAGCUGAACGACUGCCACAGGGGUGUGGUGUUUGACGGGCUCGAGAACAUGUUUGCCCAGAAUCUGUAUAUCACUGCGCAUGCCAUAUUGCGGUCACUAAACAAUCGUCGAUUUAUAUACUUUGUGACCAUGAAACUAGACUACACUAUACUGAAAGAGCAGGAGAAAAAGGCUGAGGAAGAAAGAGAGCGUCAGGAGAAGCUGCAGGCAGAAGAAGACAAACAGAGACUGGAGGAAAUGUCGGAGGACGAAUAUGAUGCACUGUCUGACAAAGAGAAGGCAGAGGUCGACAGGAAACGGCUGGAAAUAAAAAAGGAGAGAAUCAGGAAGGAGAUGGAGGAAAGAUUGGAAAGAGAGAGGAAACAGAGAGAACUGGAGGAAAUUGAGAGACAGAAACAGGAGGAGGAAAAAGCUCUGAAGAAAGGAAAGAAAAAGACUGCAGAGAAAAAAGAGGAGCCUGCCAAAGACGGAAAGAAGAGCACAGCCACCGGCAAACCCCAGAGUGCACUGGACUCGCGUGUUCAGGCAUCAAGAGCCGGGGGCAAACAGGACGGAGAACACAGCAGUAAAACAGGGGCCAAUGAACGCCCUGAGUCUCAUCAGACGGAGAAAAGUGACACGGUACUGGAGGAGAAGAAAGCAAAGAAGGGUAAAGAUGGAAAGAAGGAUGAUAAAGGGAAAGACAAAGCAAAGGAACCAACAGACCCGCCACAGGAGGAAGUUCCUCCCCCUCCUAAGGAAUCGGAAAUCUUACUCAUGCAGAGAUUCCGUACAUUUGAGCAUGCAAUGAAGGACAUCGUGGAAAUGAUUGAGUUCUGGGACAGGACGACUUUGAGUCUAAAGAGGCCGCCCACACCAUCGGAAAAGUCGGAGGAUGACGCCGCCCACCAUCCACCGUCAGGCAAAAAAGGCAAAGGGGGGAAAGAUAAACAUGAAAAAGACAAGGAGAGGGAAAGACAGAAACAGAUUGAGAGGGAGAAUGCAGAGAAGGCAGCAAAAGAGGCUGCUGAGAAAGCUGCCCAACAAGGAGAGGGAGAUGGAACAGACGGUGAGGUCAUGUUUGAUGUUGACGGGGCCAAGGAGAAGGAAGAGGAUGGUGUAGGGGUGCCUAACAUCAUAAUUGACUGCUCGGAUAAAUCAGUGACUGCUUACGACAAAGUUCUACAAGCUGGCAGACUUCCCUCCAUGGAAGAGGUCCUAGAUGGGCUAGGUCUUGGUCCUAAGGGGCCACCAAUCCCACCUCCUGCCUCAUUUGCUGUGGUUCCUUUCCCAGUUAAGAGGAGAGCGCCACCUGUCAGUGAAUUUGGAGGCCGCUACAUUUUUGUUGCAUCAUCUCCUGAUGAUCCAAAUAUUGGGGCCCCUGACCCUAAAGAACUGGAACCAGAGGAAGAGAAAUCAGUGACCCCUGACAAGGAACACACCACCCCUACUAAAGGCAAGGCCGGGAAGGGAAGCAAAGACGAUAAAAAGGACAAGGAAGAUAAGAAGGGGGAGCGCAAGAAGAGUGCAGAGAAGCGCACUGGGACAGGGACAGGAAAAACCUCGUCACGCCGAAACUCCAUGCAGGUGGUCUCUCCACCACCAGGGGCCACCACCCCCGUGUCGGAUAUAGAUGCCUUAAGCUCAACAGGGGAAGGUGUGGCUCUUGGUGAGGCCAAAAAACCCAAACUGUCUAUCUUCCGCUGGAUGAUCCCACCAAAUGGAGAAGUUGUGAUUCGGCUGCGAUUUCAGUCUGAAGAGCUUGGUCAGUUUGACCAGACCCUGAAUUUUGAAAUUAUUGGAACUCGUAGACGGUAUCAGCUAUAUUGUCGAGGGGUGUGUGCAUUCCCCUCCAUCAGCCGAGAGCCCAGGAUUGUGUUUCCUAACAGAAAGAAGAGCAAGAAAUCUGAUGAAAUUGUACACAAGAAGUACAUCCUUGCAACAGAAACAUUUGAAUUUGGCCCCCUGUCUCCAGGAAAAUCAAGAGCUGACAUGAAGAGUGGUAGAUUCCCUGAGACCAUGGAGAAGAUCACGAUGUGUAACACCUCACCCCUGGAGGCUGACAUCAGCUUCUGUUACCUGGAAGACAGUAAAGGAGAAACGUUCAUCUUAGAUCCACCCAGCAUGAUCCUUAAACCUGGGGAGUCUCAGCCCCUCACGAUCUGGGCUUACCCCCGACACGAGGGACACUAUGAGGAUAAGAUUGUGUGCUGUAUACGGGAAAACCCUGAACCUGUUGUGUUUAAAGUCUGCUGUGAUGCUUUCCUGCCGUCUCUGGAGUUGGACAAGAAAGUGUUCCACUUUGACAGUGUGCUGUUACACAGGAAAGAUACCAAGACAAUUUAUAUGAGGAACAACACCCAGCUGCCAGUGAAAUGGAAGAUCACGGGCUGGGAGAACCUCGGGGACGACUUCACGCUGGCGGAGGAUAACGGCGUGGUAGAACCUCUGUCUGAGGUCCCACUGCAUGCCUACUUCAGGGCCAUGAAGCCUGUCUCAACAAUUAAGAAGAUGAUUAGACUAGAGGUGUCUGAUCUUCAGGAGAUCACUGGAUUAUUCUCCAAUGAAGCUAUUCAGGUGAUGGCCGAGGCUUACGACGUGGCUCUCGACGUCAGCUUCCAAAAAGGAAAUGACGGAGGACUAGAUUUUGGAACCGUAAAAGUUGGACAAGAAGAAAAACUGACAUGUCACCUAAAGAAUAAAGGAAAAUUUGAGAUUCAGUACAAUUUUGUGUUUGACAACUGUGAUCCCAAGAACCCCAAUCCUUGGGACUUGUUCACUGUGAACCCAAGCAAGAUGACUCUGAACAUGAACGACCGACCCCAGCCAGUCACAGUGUCUUUCAAAUCCAACAAGGAGGUUCACAUCAAGGAGCAGCCCAUCCUCAAAUGCCAGGUGAUCGAGCCCAGGCUCGGUGAUGGAGGAGAAAUCAUCGCUAACAUUCCCAUCAAAGUCUCCGCAGAAGCUGAAUUUGCAAAAUACUCAAUAUCACCAAUCAGCGACAUCAACUUUGGAGCUCUACUCGUAAAUAACAAGAAACAGAAACAAUUCACUAUUUACAACCAGGGCAAAUAUGAGUUUAAAUACACUGUCACCUUAAUGCAGAAGGACAAGGACACACAGCAGGCUCAAGGUCGUGGAAAUCGCCCACCUGUUAAAGACAACAAAAGAAGUCGAUCUCGAGAUGGCUCAAGCUCGGGUCGCUCAGUGGCGAAACCAAAGAAGACAGACUCAGUCAGUACUAGUGAGUUUAUCAGCUAUAGCAAGGCAGGUUUACUAGAACGCACCAUGUCCAGAAAUCAACAGUUCUCCAACCAAACUAACAGACGCACAGGCCCUUUCAGACAAGAAGGAGUGGGUGGACAGUCUCGUCUUCAGUUUAAGAUCUUCACUCUGUCCCCAGCAUACGGAAUUAUCUACCCUGAUCACAGUCAGCAGAUUCUGGUGGAGUGUGCUGCAGAGAUGCAGGGGAGAUUUGAUGAGGAGCUGUCUAUAGACAUCACAGACCGGGAUCCAUCAGACCACUACCCACACGGAAUAUCCUACCGAAUCAUCGCCGAGACCUGCACACCAUCCAUCAAUGUCGAUGACAUCGGCUCCAUCUUCGAGGAACACAGAAUUGUUAAGAAUCUGGCCCUUUGGCAGCACCACAGCCAGACUGUAGAAAACACAGCAAUGGAUGGCGGGGUGUAUGGGGAGGAUGACAAGAAGUUUAUAUUCAACAAUGUGAUCAUUGGACGUAAAGCCAAGGCCCGCUUCAAGAUCAGUAACACUAAUAAGGUCCCCUGUGACAUACUGUUCUCUGUGAAGGCAGUCCAGACCAAGGGAACCAGACAACUGCAGGACAUCUUUGAAGUGGAACCAGUCAGGGCUCAGAUCAUGAAUCAUAGUCAUGUGUAUGCAACUGUCACAUUCACGCCCACGUCAAUGCAGAAUUUCAAUGCCAUAUUUGAGGCAGCCAUAGAAGGUGUGGCUACUAACCAAGCCAGAGGAAAGAACUUAAUAUUCGAAGUUUCGGGAGACGGAAACCUUCCCAGGAUUACGAUCCAGAAGCCAACAGUCCGUAAUAAGCGUGGCCAGGCUCUAAUGCUGUUUAAAAAGAACUUGAUCAAUUGUUCAGAGACAAUGCCAUUGGUCCUUGUCAAUGAUGGGACUCUGCCCAGUAAAGUGGAUAUUGAUUUAAUUGAUCAGGAUAGUGUGUUCCAACUCAAACCUGCUGACGGAACCAAUGCUAUCAUGGAAGAUGAUUAUGAGGACACCAAACGUCCACACACUGCGUCUGUGAUUGUUGGAGUAGGUGAAACUGCAUCCUUCACUGUGACCUAUAAACCCUCGGCAGUUCAAAGGUCACAGGGUCACAUCCACUUGAUGGUGGUCGACAAUCAGUAUGAAGACUCUGUCAUUCAACUGGUGGGGGAGGGUUACCAGGAUGAUAUUACGCUUGACAACAUUCACAGUGUGGGGAAUGGCACAGAGCUGGAAUUUGAGGAAGGCAAUAUGGCAGAGGAUGAUGUAGCAGCUGCCAAGCCAAACUUGAUCCGAUUUGGAGACUGCUUCAUCAAUGAGCCCCGAACGCUGUCCUUUUCUAUGAGGAAUCAUUCCAAAACCGACUGCCUGAGGUUUGCCUGGCCUGACCAUCCGCAGCUUAAAUUCUCUCCACAAGUGGGUCACCUUCAUCCCAACACUGCUAAAGAUAUGACUGUCACAUUCAAAUCUGACCAACCCAAGGCCUUGUCAGAAAGCCCCAUUCUCUGUAAGGUCACCAAAAUCACGUUUGACAAGCCGCUGGACAAGAUAUCCGACUGGGAUGACAGAAUCCGCACUGUGAAGUGGAUUGAUGUUCCCACGUCUCCACAGCCAUCAAGUGAAGGAGGUGCCAAGGCUCCCUUAAGUAGCCGCCCAGCCAAAAAGAAGGUCAUCGAGACUGAAACUGAGCCCAUUCACACUGAACAGGCAGACUCGAGUCGAAAUGUCGAGCUCUUGGUGUCAGCAGCAGCAGACUUCUGUAAAUACGAGUGCAAGGUCGAAUCCAUCUACUUCAAGGACACGCUCAUGUUCCAGAGCAGAGUUUAUGAAUUUACGAUCAGCAAUAAGGGCAGUAUUAAAAUGGACUACAGCUGGCAGGUUGUCAUGGAAAACAUGCCCCCACCCCCACAGAGGGCAGUGACCUUUUUGUCCGAGGGAGAUCGCCCCGAGUCCAGGAUGGAGGUGCCUGACACCAGCUAUGUGCCGUUUAGUAUUGAACCCGAGUUUGGUACAAUUAAUGGUGGCAAAAAACAGAGCUUCACUGUCAAAAUGGCCCCACUGGAAGUCAGUGAAUAUGAAGGCAGACUGAUCUGCACAAUUCCUAACCUGGAGAAAGGUCAGCAGGGACCAGUGGUUGGUCUGAAGGGUAAGAGUCUGAUGCCUUACUGUCACUUUGAGCUGGAGGACUCAGACUAUGUCAGUGGUGCCAGGAGAAACCCGGAGAUGAAGGGACCAAAUGGAGCACCACCAGGAUCCACCCUAGACCCCAAUACCAGGGUCAUCGAGUUCAGCUGCAUUGGCGUGGGAGUCAAGAAUGCCAAAUCAUUUGCAAUUGUAAACCCCACUAGUCAGCCAUACAGCUUUGAAUGGACUUGUGAAGAUGAAGAUGAUGCCAAGAAACCGUCAGCAUUCAAGUGCCUGACCCCUAGGGGUAGUGUCAAAUGUGGAAAGAAAUUCCAGAUUUCAUUUGAGUUCACUUCCCAAGAGCUGACCCUGGUGGAGUCCUUCUGGAGAUUUCACAUUCCUGAGCAGAACAUCAGUGUCCCCUUCUUGUUGGUGGGUCAGGCUCGGGAGCCGGACAUCUCAAUGGAUAGGUCACACAUGAACUUCAAAGCCCUUCUUAUUGGACAUGAGGCAGUGGAAACAGUCUACCUGAUGAACAAUGAGGACCAGCCAUUCUUCUUCCAGUUUGAGGAGGAUUCGUGUCACUCUGCCGGCUUCGCAGCUCACCUGGGAGUCAGCCCCAUGUCUGCCACCAUCCCUGCCAAAUCUCAGAUGCCAAUAGAGCUGUACUUUGUGCCAAACUCAGACAAGGAAGUGAACUUUAACCUUGUGUGUAAGGUCAAAAGGAAAGUGCUCCCAGUGACCCUGAAUGUAAAGGCAGAGGGGUAUGCCAUGAACUGCCAGCUGUUGUGUGAGGAUUCCCAGGGGAUCAACAGGGAGUUUGUGUCGGAUGGAAUCAAUAUCAUCAGAUUUGGAGAGGUGGAGGUGAAUGAGAAACAGCUAAGGAACCUGACCAUUCUGAACACCGGCAAGUUCCACUCUGACUACCAGUGGGAGCUACACAUGUCCAACAAAAAGAGAGAGAUGGUGGCAAUUGAACCUAUGAGUGGAGGAGUGGAGCACGGAAAUCGAAUCAACUGUAAACUGACCUUCUGUCCUCCGUGUAGGACCACACUCAAAGACACAGAAAUAGUUCUCAAGAUCUCUCAUGGCCCUAGCUAUGUAAUAAACCUGGAGGGGUUGGGUGUGACCCCUGGGCUCAGUUUCUCCUUCCCCAGCUACAACUUUGGAAACUGCUUCAUCAUUAAACCUGGCAUUCCACCACAGACUAAAGUCCUUACACUGAUGAACAAAGACAAGAAAGAAAUCAGUGUGGAAUGCUUAUACCCCAACAAUGACUACCUGCGACACACUUUUGAGAGCGGAAUCUGCAUUCCCUCAGGGAAAUCCUACGACAUGACCUUCACCUUCUGUCCGAGAGAAGCUAAAAGAUAUGUAGAAACUGUGCGGUUUGAAAUCAAUGGUUUGUCCAAACAGAGUGUGCAGAUAAUUGGAACUGGAACAGAAUUAAAGGUUGAAGUAGCUGAUCCAAGACACAAGAUUGUUGACUUGGGAGCCUCCGAAGUCACUAAGAAUGCCCCAAAGAAGAAGAAAUAUAUUCCAAUUAUCAACAACAGUCCUGCUCCUGUGACCUUUAACCUGGCAUUAACCCCAGAGACCCCUGCCCUCCAGUCAACAGGUGCCCUUACUAUUUCUCCUACAAACACAAUCACCUUGGAACCUAAUGGCAUGUGUAAGGUAGAGGUGGCCUUCACCAGUAAUACCAGAAUCCCUCAGUUCUCUGAGGAGGUGACCAUGGAGUUUGCUGGGCAGUAUGAGACCCUAUUUGUAGUAAAGGGCCAGUGUUUGGGUAUGGAGGUCAACCUGGACACUACAGCAAUCCCAUUCCCUACGGUCGUCAAGGGUAGCUCAAGCUCACGGAAACUCAUCAUGAGCAACACAGGAGACAUGACUGCCAGGUUUAAGUGGGACUUGAAGAAAUUCCGUCCAGAUUUCUCAGUUUAUCCAGUUGAGGGUUGUAUUACACCUGGCAUGGAUGUGACCUUUGAGGUGACCUUUGAACCUAAAGAGGCUGUGCCUGACAUCAGAUAUGAUAAUUUGAGGUGCUUCCUGGAGGACCCAAUGACUAAGAAAUCAGGAGUUCACCCGCCAGUGACCUUGACCUUGACUGGAGGUUGUACAGCCCAGCCCACGACAAAAGAAGUCCCUCAGCACUUCACAUGUGCCGUCCGCUCCACGGACAUGAAGAACCUGCAGAUCACGAACAAGACAAAUGCCUUGUGGAAUCUGAAGCCAGUUAUUGAUGCGGAAUACUGGAGUGGCCCCCUGACGUUUUCUGUGGAGCCCCAGACCAUGAACAAGGCCUACCCCAUCACUUACCACCCACUUACUAUGACCCAAGAGGGCAAGAAACAUACAGGCACAGUGUUCUUCCCCUUGCCCGAUGGUACUGGUCUCCUGUUCACAGUCAGUGGUACCGCAGAACCACCCAAAAUGAACGGUGGACAGAAAAUUCAGAAUGAUAUUCCGUGUAAAGUCCCCUAUGUAGAACAUCUGCCCGUUGAGAACUGGCUGAAGAGGCCACAGAGAUUCUCUGUGAAGUGGGAAGUAUUGCGGCAGGACACCAGACAAGAUACCUCCACUGACAUUAAGGGCAUGAGUUUCAUUGAUGUCCCAGCCAACGGCAAAAAGGAUUACAAGCUCAAUGUAUUUGCUUACAAGGAGACAACAUUACCUCUAAAGGUUGUUUUUACCAAUGACAAAACUGGGGAGUAUCAGUGGUAUGAACUGCAGUACAAGUUCAUCAAAGGUGGGACUAUAGAAACAAUAGAGCUGACGACACCAGUCAGACAGAGUGCAUUCAAAAAGAUCAAACUGGAAAAUACCACGAAACAGGCAACGACGUUCAAUGUCCAGAACAGCAUUCCUGAGAUUCUCAUGCCAAACACAUUCUCUGUUCCUCCCCAGUCCACAUAUGAGUGCACCAUUGAGUACCAGCCCCUAAAGGUAGGUGAAUCCUUACAGAGGAUAGAGAUGGUGUCUAAUGACCUUGGCAGUUACGUGUACGAGCUGAAACUGAAGGCCACACCUGCCCGACCCGAGAAAGCGCUGUACUUCAGGGCAGGACUUGGUCAAAGUCACAUCCAGGUUGCCAAGUUCCUGAACUUUGCCAAGCAAGCUAAAGCAGACUACACUUGUAAGUUGGACAAUAAUGACUUCCAUACGGAGAAGACAGUCGCUGCUGCCCCAGGAGCUCCAGGUGGGACAGAAGUUGCUCUGGAUGUGACGUUUGAGCCCUCAAAACUAGGAGAACAGAGGGCUCUUCUGACAAUCAGUUCACCACAGGGUGGGGAGUAUGUCUUUCCUCUCUUUGGAACCUGUGUACCACCAAAGCCCCAGGGUCCAUAUGUAGUAAAAGCUGGAUCCACCACUUCUAUUCCUUUCCGUAAUGUAUUCCACCAGCAGACAGCCUUCACAUUCCAAGUGGAUAAUCCUGCUUUCCACCUCACAAAGCAAAGUGAGAACAUUAAACAUCGUAAAGAGUACAAAAUCGUGGUUGGAUUUGAUGGAAAUGACAGUGGAACAAAGGCUGGUGUGAUGGGAAAACUUAUUAUAACUUGUCCGAAGUCAGCUGGUGGAAGUAACAUACAAUGGGUGUAUUACCUCAAAGGAGUCACAGUGUAAAAAUAGCGCUGAUGUAAUGGGAACACGAAUCACAUGUUGACUGUUAUUGAUGUGUCAAAGUGUGUAUGUAUUUAUACAAAAUCAAGUUCCGUCCAAGGAAAUACAAUCUGUGAUUGAUGUUUAAUGUACUUUUCUUUAUGUUUAAUAUAUUGCAUUUUCUGUUUUAUUACAAUACCUUUAAAUUGUUUGAAAUGUUCUGUCUGUUGUACCAUAAGUAAUUUUUAUGCAUGUUUUACAUGUAAAAUAUAGUAUAAUUGUCAUUCUAAUGUGAAUGAAUAAAAUAUUAUUUUCACUAUA